AUUACAAUUGCUCUGCUUGUGCAAUUGUUGUCUUAGAUCUAGAUCCUCUCUUAGAAAAAUCUUGGCAUUUUCUGGAUUAUGGUUUCAACCUGGUGGGAGCUCUUCUUCGGGGACUUUGAGUGACCUUCUGGAAAAGUACUUUGGAGGAUGGGGAUCAUGCAGGUUCUUUCUGACAUUUUGUCUAAUAUUAGGAGUUCUUUUGUUUCUCAACCGUGAAUAAAUGGCUUAGAUCAUUUUAACAAUGAAGCCUUGCAAAUUUUGGAACAGCACUGACCACCUAGGAGUGAUUAAGGACGUGAUAAACAUAUUGUAACUUAAGGAUGAUAAAAAUCACUAAUUGUCUGGUGACUGCCUAGCAGGCUGAGCUCUGGCUCUCUGUGGUUACUAAGCUGUUACAGGAAGGACACAGUUCAGUUUCUCUGACUGAGGAAAUCGAAAGCUAUGAGCAUUGAUAGGAGGAGCCUUGUUGUGCUUCAUCUCCUCUGUCCCGGGCUGUGAGUGCAGUGUGAGACACCCAGUGUUGCUCAAGUUAUUAAGUGACUCUCCAGUGCUUUUUCUCCUGGUGAUCUUUGAAAACAUCUUAUUUUCUUAACACUUCAAGAAAUCUUAUUUCUCAAGUAAAACAACAGCCGCCUGCUGAAGCUCUCAAGAGGUAGACUAUUGCUGAAGACACUUCCAAGGAGGCUCACCCAUAACUUGAGAAAUGGUGAAUGAAUACAAGAAAAUUGUUCUCCUGAAAGGAUUGGAGGUCAUCAGUGAUUAUCACUUUAGCAUGGUUAAGUCCUUACUGGCCAAAGAAUUAAAACUGACUAGGAAAAUGCAAGAUGAGUACAACAGAAUUAAGAUUGCUGACUUGUUGGAAGACAAGUUUCAAAAUGAUGCCGGGCUGAACAAGCUGAUAUCGGUGCUCAAAGACAUACCGAUGCUUGAGGAACUUGCAGGAGAACUCAAAAGAGAGAAGAUGAAAGUAAAACCAAAAACCCCAGUGAAAAAGAAGCAAGAGGUAGAUCCUGUCGCAUGUACAUCGAUCACCAGCGACACAAUGAAGACCCCUGAAUCUCAGAAAAGAAAAAAAGCAAGCUUAGAAAAGACUGAAACCAAAAAGAAUAAGAUUUCUGGAAGCAAAACAAUUAAGAAGCCUGAGGAUCAGACUCAUCCUUCCUGUUCUACACUAGCCAGUGUGACCGCAAGCAUGGACCAUUUUCUGCCUGCUCAGAUGCCAGCAUCAACUCUAUUCAGAGCUCCCUCAACAGAGCAUCAGAAAAAGGCCCAAUGUCAUUUGGCUUCCAGAAGAAGUGUCCUCCACAAAGGCCCAAUGAUCGUGAUGGUGCUGAAAGCAACAGACCCAUUUGAAUAUGAGUCUGCCGAAGAGGGGAAAAGUUCAAUGUUCCACACCACAGUGGCUACUGAGAAUCAGUUUUUCCAAGUGAAGGUUUUCAACACCAACCUGAAAGAGAAAUUUACAAAAAAUAAGGUCAUUACUAUCUCUAAUUACCUUGAGUGCAAAGGAAUCUUGGAGGUAAAUGACGUAUCAGUUGUGUCUGAAGCUGGUCUUGACCAAAAGAUCGAGGUCCCCAACAGUGUUAUCAAGAGAGCAAAUGAAACUCCCAAGAUCGAUCAUCUUCAUAAACAAGCACCAGGAACAUUAGUGUAUGGGUUGUUUAUGCUACAUACGAAAAAAGUGAACAAGAAGAACACAAUCUAUGAAAUACAAGAUAAUACAGGAAAGAUAGACGUGAUGGGGAGUGGGAAAUGGCACAAUAUCCAGUGUGAUGAAGGGAAUAAACUUCGACUCUUCUGCUUUCAACUGAGAACAAUCAACAAGAAGCUAACACUGGUGUGUGGAGAUCACAGUUUCAUUAAGGUCAUCAAGAGCGCAAAGAACAAGAAGAGAGAAAGCAGUGCUAAUUUAAGCCUGGAACUUGAAGUACAGAACUUCCCUAUAAAUCAUUUCAGUGAUACGAUUAAAGUUGAGACUUGCUCAUCCGUAACUUGAGAGAUGGUGAACGAAUACAAGAAAAUUGUCCUGCUGGUGGGGCUAGAGGCCAUUAAGGAUUAUGAAUUUAGAUUGAUUAAGUCCUUAUUGGCCAAAGACUUAAAACUGACUAGAAAUAUGCAAGAAGAUUAUGACAGAAUUAGGAUUGCUGACUUGAUGGAAGAGAAGUUCCAAAGGGAUGCUGGGCUGGGAAAACUGAUAACACUCUGCAAAGACAUUCCGGCACUUGCAGACCUCGCGGAAACUCUUAAAACUCGGAGGUUGAAAGUUAAAAGGAAAUCCAAAGGGGAAAAAAAAUCUACAGGGAAAAAAGUGGAGCAGGAUGAAUCUCCUACUGCCCAGUCCAGGUCCACAACAAACACAGAUUCGGAACCAGAGUCAGAGGAGGAGAUACCUUCGUUGAAGCACCAAAAAAGAAAACCUACCUCUGUCAAGAAGAAAGAAAGACUAAAAUUGUCUCAAGAAAACAAAAUGAAAAAAUCUGAAGACCCUGAGAGAACACAGCUUCCCCCAGAACAGGGUCGGUUUAUGGAACCUUCAGCAACCAGCGAAGAACAAACUGCGGUCUGUCCCCAGACUCCUCAUGGGGCUCCACCAGAACCAUCCAAUAGUCCUCCAGUCAAGCGACCCAAGAUCAAGAAGUCUGUACCGUUGGUGAAUAAGCAAGAAAAAAUUUCUUCAAGUUUUCAGGAGGGGCAGGAAAUGGAAGCCACGAAUAGCAAAACAAAUAACGUGAAGGCCCAGGAAUCUCAGGGACAGCGUCAACUUCCACAACUGUCAGAAAUUGGCGUAAAACCACCUCAGUGUAUUAUCCACACUCAUCAGAUGCCUCCAACAGCACCAACCAGCAGUGUCCACACUCCUCAGAAGCCUCCAACAGCACCACCCAGCAGUGUCCACACUCUUCAGAAGCCUCCAACAGCACCAUCCAGCAGUGUCCACAUUCCUCUGAAGCCUCCAACAGCACCAUCCAGCAGUGUCCACAUUGCUCAGAUGUCUCCAACAGCGCCACCCAGCAGUGUCCACACUCUUCAGAAGCCUCCAACAGCACCAACCAGCAUUGUCCACACUCCUCAGAAGCCUCCAACAUCACCAACCAGCAGUGUCCACACUCUUCAGAAGCCUCCAACAGCACCAACCAGCAUUGUCCACACUCCUCAGAAGCCUCCAACAGCACCAUCCAGCAGUGUCCACAUUCCUCAGAAGCCUCCAACAGCACCAUCCAGCAGUGUCCACACUGCUCAGAUGUCUCCAACAGCGCCACCCAGCAGUGUCCACACUCCUCAGAAGCCUCCAACAGCACCACCCAGCAGUGUCCACACUCCUCAGAUGCCUCCGACAGCCCCAUCUGGCAAAACCAACACCUUUCACUUACUUUUAACAUUACCCAGCGGAGUCCAGACCUCUCAUAUGUCUCCCCCAGAUCCAUCAGGCAGAAUCCAGACUCCUCAUUUUUCUCCAACAUCAUCCAGAGGAAUCCAGGGUCCUCACACAUCUCCAACAUCAUGCAGCAAAAUCCAGACUCCUCAGGUGCCUCCGGCAGCACCAGCUGGCAGAACCCCCACUCCACAGUUACCUCGAACAUCACCCAGUGAGUUCCAGACCACUCACGUAUCUCUAACAUCAUCCAGCAGAGUCCAGACCCCUCACAUGUGUCCCGAAGAUCCAUCAGGCAAAAUCCAGACUCCUCAUUUUUCUCCAACGUCAUCCAGAGGAAUCCAGGGUCCUCAUUCAUCUCCAGCAUCAUCCAGUAGAAUCCAAACUCCUCAGAUGCAUCCCACAGAACCAUCCACCAUAAUCCAGAAUCCACAAGUGGGGCCAGCAACACCAUCUGCCAGUCUGCAGACUCCUCAGAAGACUGUGACAUCUUUCAGCAGUUGCUUACCCACGAAUCCAAGAUUGAAAACUGUACCUAAAGAAGCCUCUGAAGAAUGUGGUCACCAGAAGGGCCCCAAAGAAGUAGUGGUGUUGAAAGUAACAGAACCAUUUACUUAUGAGUUCAAAGAAGGCGGGAAGAAGAUGUUUCAUGCUACAGUGGCCACUGAGAGCGAAUUCUUCCGAGUGAAAGUUUUCGACAUCAACUUGAAGGACAAAUUCAUCCCAAAGACAGUUAUUGCCAUAUCCGAUUACAUUGGCCGCAACGGGUUCCUGGAGCUAUACAGUGCUUCAACUGUGUCUCAUGUGAGCGCAGACAGAAAGAUGGAGAUCUCAAAGACACUGAUUAAAAAUGCUAAUGCAACUCCUAAAAUUGAGUAUCUUUGCUCAAGAAGCACAACAAAAUACGUGAAUGGGGUGUACAUGGUGUAUAAGAAAAAUGUGAGGGAAGAUUGCACUUAUUAUGAAAUACAAGAUGAUACCGGGAAGAUGGAAGUGGUGGUGUAUGGACGGCUGACCUAUAUCAACUGUGAAGAAGGAGAUAAACUUAAUCUCUUCUGUUUUGAAUUGACCUUGAAUGCAGAUAAGUGGCAGCUGAGAUCUGUUUUCCACAGUUACAUCAAGGUAAUCAAGGGCAACAAAUCCAAGAUAUGUCCAUUCAAUCGUGAUUCAAAUGUGGACACUUCACAAGAAUCCUCCUUAAAGCCAGGAUACCAUUGAUAACAGUGCUCAUGGAGAUGAGAUCCAAGUACAGAAAAAAAUAUAUGUAUAUAUACUUGAAAUAUAUUACAAACAAAAACCAGCUUUAGUCUGUGGCUGUCACUCAGUGGUGCUGUGCUCCCCUAGCAAGCAUAAAGCCCUGGGCUCAAUACCCAGCACCACAAAAAUAAAUGAAUAAUAAAUAAAUUUAAAAACAAAUAUGAUAUUCAUUGCUUCUAGAAAAUGGGAUUUAGAAGAGCCUUCUACUUUCUACUUGUCUGUAUUUCUAAAUUCCAUAUUUUACAUAGAUAAUAUUUAUAUUUUAAAAAAAUAAUAAUAUUUUUUUCUAGAGCAAUGCUAGGCUCUAGUCACAAUUGAAUAGGCUAUGACCUGCUAAAAAAAAAAAUAAAAAAGUUUGGUGUAUGCGGCCUGGGGUAUAAUUGCAAAUCCCUUUGUCCUGGAAGGGUGGAUAUCUGAGAAUCUGUCUCCUAAAGGGGCCACAAUCAGGUACAUUGUCCAUGUGGAGGUGUUUGUUGUCUGGUUAUUUGCAUGAACACACUAGUAUGAUAAAAGAAUUUCUGCCCCUCCCUGAUGUACUCCCUAUCUGAAAUAUGCAGUUCCAUUCAUCUACCCAAGUACCAACAGACCUCCGUGGCUAUCCCUCCACAAUUCCUCCUCCUUACAUUCCUGUGUGUGAAUCCAUCAGGAAGUUGUCCCAGGCACUUCUGCAGUAGGCAAUCACUGAAGAGAACUGAUUUUCUUUAGAGUAGAAUAGCAGAAAGCAGAUAUCUGCAAAGAAAUUUUACUCUUGUAUUUUUAUCGAUCACAUAUUGGUACCGGGUAUUUUGUGAUUGUUUUAUGUCCUUUAAUCUUCCUAUAUGCCCUGAAAGGUGGAUGGAUAGUUUUCUCCAUUUUACUCUGUGUAGUGUGUGGCAGACAAGCAACAGACAGGCGCACUCACUCUCCUAAGGACACUUGGAUGGGAAAGUAGAGAGCUACAUUAAGAAUCCAGGGAGCAGUUCCAGUGUGGGGGAGGUGCGAUGGGGAAGAAUUGGAGCUGAGUUGGAAAUUUGGAGAGCCUGGGGACAUUUACCACAAUAUGGGUCCGAGACUACGGAUGCCCUAUUUGUGGCUCAAUGCCCAAGGAGUAUUAUUGUAUUGUAUUGUUUUGCCAUAAAAUGCCUCCUUUCUUUUUUUUUCUUUUCUUAUAGUUGACUCAGAUGCUAAUUAAACAUUUUCUUGCCUAUAACCACACCAAUAAUAUAUAUAUAAUCACAUACACACAUAUUGUUAUACAUUUAUAUAUAAAGGUAUAACAGUUCUGUCACUGCAGAUGUGCUUACAUGGUAAUGUAUUACAUGGUAUGGGUAUGUAUUUCUCAUCUACUGUUAGAAAACUAAAGUUCAAAGAUAUUUAAUGAAGUGUCAAAAUCAGUUACUCGGCAAAUUAGGAACAGAGAUCAUCCUGGGAUGGCAGCCUACUAAAACUUCCUCUGAAUUCAAAGUUGACUUAUGGACACUAAGGAAAAAGAUUGUUUCUUACCCAACUGAUAUUGUAUUCUGAGUUGUCCUGAUACUCUGAAAUUCUAUGUAAACUUCCUAUAAUUUGCUAUUCUUGAGUCUGUAGAUGGUGGCAAUUAAGAGUAAAGCAUGACUUACAGGGGACUUGCCCAGUGGCCCUGCCCUGUUUUCCGUUAUGUUGAUUCCCCUUGGAACUUGUAAGAACUGGGUCUCCAACAGAGAUAAUCAAAAAAAUCACAUUCUGCAUAA